UAUUCGCCUGACUGAGGCUGACCCGUCACAUGUGCUCGUUGAUGAAAGCGAACGUGUUUGGUGGAGGAGGAAUCGGAAGGUGCAUUCGAGCUGUUCGCUUUCAUUAACAGUUUAGUAUGUCAGACAAGAGUCGGGCGAAGGACUAGCUGGUUGUGCUCUCGGCUUGCAAGCGGAAGUGGUCGUGCAAACGCUCGUUGUUGCCCCGUGAGACUCGGGCCUGGCCAAAGAGACCAGACGACUGGCUGCAGCUCGGGAAAUCGCGUUUCCACGUAAAUACGAGAAAGAAGAUAACCAGGCCUCGUGUUCGCAUUCCGCACUGUUCAUAAGACCUUAUUAUCGCCGUUUUCUUCGACGUUGGACGCGAUCGACGCUUGGCAAGGCGAUCUGGUCGUUUGACCUGCCUCCAGUGGCUUUUCUCGACUGCAACUUGUCAACGUCGGAAUUUUAGUCACGAGCGAGGCACGCGAGCGAACGAUCGACGAGGCUUUGGGAAACAUUUGAACGCAAGGCUGGCGCAUAGACGCGGAUUUCAGUUGCAACGCUAGGAUUUCCGAGCAAGGGAAGUCACAAGGUGAAGGAGAGAAGUGAAAGUACCUGGGAUAUUCGGCUCGUACUCGUAAAUUCUACGGUUCUGAUCAAAGCCAACCAGCUGACACAGUAAAAAUCAUCGUUACAGAAAAUAUCGGAGGAAAGCAACUUUUCAAAUAUCUCUCUGUCGUCUAUCAACGAAAGUAGAACUCUUGGACUCUUUGCGAUUAGAAGAGAUCCGCGCGAUGUUGGAAUAAGAAGAAUAGCAAAACAAAAUAGCAAACAGAAGCUCUUGCAAGAUUUUCUAACGCCUUAUUUUACAUGACAGCACGAUUCUCGUGAUUGUAAAAGAUGUGAAAGACGAAGGCAUGAGAAGAAUGUGAAUCGGCGAGGAUUAAGAAGACGAGUGAAACAUAAAUUCUCUUUAUCGAAGCUGGUCACUCGUGAAAUCGUCUUCGAUUUUCUUUUUUUCCCCCAGAGGAAGAGCAAGUUGAAUUAUUUUUUGUGAGGACAAUCUUGACAAGAUCUGAGAGGAAGAAAAUCCUGACAGGAUCUCAUGAGAUUACCUGAAUUCUUCGAACGUUAUUUGCAAGCAGAAAGAAGAAGCUUGGCGGCAUAGUAGCUGGUGCAGAACGCGCGAAACAAAGAAUGCGCUUGUGAAAGAAUUUUGAAAACAGCUCAAGAACAGUAAUUUACGGUGUACACUAUCGAUUUAGAAUGGCGCAGCCAGGAAACAACGAUACCACCAGCAAUGACGAAAAAACGUCACCUGCUGAGCUAAAUGGCAUCUCUGAGGGUCUGACAACGUCGAGGCUACGCCAGGCAUUUCCACAGUUCUGUGCCGUGAGCGCGAAGAACCUGCUCAUGCUCACCUUUGGUUCAACAUUGGGAUUUUCCACGGUCCUAAUCCCAGAACUACAAAAGAAGAACGCUGAGAUCCCGGUCACUAUGGAGGAGUUGACGUGGAUAAGUAGCCUGAAUCUGUUCCUGGUCCCAAUCGGUUGCUUCGCUAGUGGGCCAGUGUCGCAGUUCCUAGGACGAAAGAGGACCAUGAUGCUGACCACCAUUCCAUUUAUAGCAGCGUGGAUCAUCUUUUACUAUGCGACGACAGCUGAGAUGUUGUUUAUAGCACUGGCCAUGACUGGUCUAACUGGUGGUCUCCUAGAAGCACCUGUGAUGACCUAUGUGGCAGAAGUGACGCAGCCCCAUUUACGUGGCAUGCUAUCCGCCACUUCCACCAUGGCUGUGAUCCUGGGCAUUUUCACGCAGAUGUUGGGUGGCAAAUUAGGCAACUGGAGGAUUGUCACCAUGAUCAAUCUCAUCUAUCCACUUAUUUGCUUAGUUGCCCUCUGCCUGGUGCCUGAGAGUCCUUAUUGGCUUGUUGCAAAAGGCCGCCAAAGGGAAGCCGAGCGAGCUCUCUGUUGGCUUCGCGGUUGGGUCAGUCCGAUCCACGUACAGUCGGAGCUUCGAAUCAUCUGCCAAGAUGUACAGAAGCCAGCAGAGUCCAAAGAAAAGAUCUGGAAAUCCUUUGGCAAGAGAACCUUCUACGUGCCUUUCCUCUUGGUCAGUAGUGCCUUUUGCAUUGGCGCUUUUGGAGGAACCAGUACUCUUCAGACGUACGCUGUAUUGAUCUUUGACAGUUUAGACGCGCCUCUAGACAAAUACACGGCUGCUGUAUUUCUUGGCCUAGCAGAAUUGGUAGGGACACUGCUCUCUGUGUGUGCCAUUCAUUUCACCGGCAAGCGGUUGCUGACAUUCCUUUCAGUCGGUGGUACCGGCAUGUGUUUCUGUUUGGUGGCUGUCUAUGGCUAUUUGACUGAGGCUGAUAUGAUCAAUACGGAGAGUAUUUCUUGGAUUCCAAUGACUUUGCUGAUUGGAGCUGCCUUUCUAUCUCACGCUGGAAUCAGGCUGCUUCCCUGGGUCCUGGCUGGUGAAGUCUUCCCCGUAAAGGUACGAAGUAGCGCAACAGGAAUGGCUGGAUCCAUAGGCUACAUCUUCAAUUCCAUCGCCAACAAAGUGUACCUGUACAUGGUCAACGGGAUGUCUCUUCCAGGAACCUUCCUCUUCUACACUUUAAUUAACUUCGCUGGCGGAGCACUCCUUUACUUCAUCCUUCCAGAAACAGAAGGCAGAUCUCUGAAAGAGAUCGAGGAACAUUAUGCUGGUAUCCAAAGUUUGAAGACCAGGCCUAAGAAGGAGGAACUAGCUUUCAAGGAGAAAUGGGCUGCCUCGAACCCCGCAAUAAUCUACGACGACACCGAAAGCAAGCUUUGAUUUUGUGGAAACAAAAGUGGUGAUUAGUAUUGUCUCCCUGAUGCUGAACGCCUGAAUGGUACAAUGCUAACAGGGACUCGAAGUGUAAAGAUUUUAUAGCGAGUUCCUUGUUUAUUUGACACUGUGUUCAAAAAGAAUGGACGAUAUUGUGAGUGACUGUAGACAUCAAAGCACUGAAGAAAGUUAACGCGUUGAAACAUCACUUGAAGCUUAUUUAUCGAGUUAUAAGUAAUCAAAUUUUAUAUACACUGUUAGCUGACUAGGUUAGGUCAAUGAAUUAGUCGACGGAUUUUUCAAAAAUUGGACAGUCUGGACAGUUUAGAAAUCUAAUUCUUUAAUAUUUCUUACUGCCCUGAUGCGUAGAAUUACAAAUGAGAGAAUAGUCGAAUUAUAGUUGGCUUUAUGUUCCUGCACUCUACGAGGGCUGCAGCGACAGCUAACGAGGCAACGCCAGACGAUGCACACUUUAUCGAAUUUUAUCGAUCGAAGACAGUUUUAUUGUAAAUAAAACGUUGAGAAAUAUUUUUAAUAUCGUGAUGUAUGUGUUUCACAAGAUUGUGUUCAUGCCUAAUUUCAAGCUAGAUGUGCAAUAAAAUGGCACGUAUUGCAAAAAUAUUUUCACUUUAAA